CAUAUUUGCUGUUAGAGCUCGCUCUCUCUCUCUUUGUGUGUGUGUGAAAGCAGUACAAAGCAAUACAAUACAGAGCUAUCCACAUUCUUACAAAAUUUGGAGGCGCGCAGCCUCCGCUACCGAGCUCGAUUUGGACUCUGCUAGCCGUCCGAGACCCAGCAAUUGCGUCACACCCACCGCUCUGAACCUCCGGAUCACAUUUCCAGAGCAAGCAUAAAAAUUUAAGAAGCCUACCUUUCUGGGCAUUGAGAGAAGUCACUGUUUUUCUAACAGAGAAACAUGUAAUGACAAAAUGAGUGCCAGCAGCCAGACUAGGCGCUCUUGAAAUAAAAUAAAAAGAGGUGGCCAAACGUGAUUCCCUCCCUGCGCUUUGCACGUCACUCGCGGACAUAUCGCAACAAUGGACUGUCUCCACUGGGAGGUCGCGCUGUAUCAUCCCGUGUCAGUCAUGGAUAACAUUCUUUAUCGUGUGAACAUCGCUUCCCGGUAUUGUUUUUUCCACUUGCGUUUGGUAGCCUAGAAGGUCCGGGGGAAUACGACUGAAGAUGCCUGGACGGAACAGGUACAAUCUGGUGGACGAUGUGGUGGAUUCGCCGGUCCCCCUCGACAAUGAAGAGGCGUACCAACACGGGAUCCAUUUCCAAGCGAAGUAUGUGGGCAGUCUGGACGUUCCCAGGCCCAACAGUCGUAUGGAGAUCGUAGCAGCUAUGAGAAGGAUCAGGUAUGAGUUCAAGGCCAAGAACAUCAAGAAGAAGAAAGUGAGCGUCAUCGUGUCUGUGGAUGGAGUCAAGGUGGUCCUCCGUAAGAAACAGAAGAGGAAAGAGUGGACCUGGGAUGACAGAAAGACACUGAUCAUGUCUGACCCCAUAUACAGGAUCUUCUACGUGUCCCAUGACUCUCAGGACCUGAAGAUCUUCAGCUACAUCACCAGAGACUGCUCCAACAACUCAUUCAGGUGUAAUGUCUUCAAAUCCAAGAAGAAGACCCAGGCCAUGCGUAUAGUGCAUACAGUGGGCCAGGCAUUCGAGGUGUGUCAUAAGCUCAGCCUGCAACACGCCCAGUUAGACAUAGACGGACCGGCAGACAGAGAGAGUGACAAGACCCCAGAAGAGACCCCCGUUGAGGGAGACAAAAAGAGUCAUCAGCUGAUGGGGGCAGAGCAGGAAGGGGAGGAGGAGGGGGAGCCCCGGGCACAGUCCCAGUCUGUGUGUGAGCAGGCGGUCAGCGAGAUCCUCCAGAGUCUGGCAGAACUCAACGUGGUCAAGCCUGGACACACCAUCAUGGACUAUGAGAGCCGUUCCAUCUACACGGUGACACCGCAUGGCGUGGUUUCUCCCAGCAGCCCCUGCUCUCUGUCUCUCAUGCCCCUGGCAGCACAGCACUAUCUCAAGCUCCUCCAACACCAACUCCAGCAGCAGCAGCAACACACACAGGUGGCUAUGGCACAGGUGCAGCUCCUGAAGGAUCAGAUGUCAGCGGAGGCCGCAGCUCGUAUAGAGGCCCAGGCCCGAGCCCACCAGCUGCUACUACAGAACAGAGACCUGCUCCAGCACCUAGCCCUUCUGGUCACACAGCUCAAAGACCUGGAGAGCAGGGCACCUGGACUGGGACAGGGGGAGAGACACACACCGGGAGAAGAGCACAAUGAUCAGGAGUUGUCAUGGACGACCAGGUCCCUGUCACUCAACCUGAAGAACCACUACAGUUUCAACACGGAUCAGCCCAUCACCUCCACCCCCGCAGGGCCGUUUCAAAACACCACCCUCUCCGUCGCCCAAGUGGACUGUGCCGAGUCCUACCUCAACUUCCUCAACCUGGAGAACGGGACCAAACCACCAGGCUCUCGAAACGGGGGGGAGACAGAGACGGACACCCUCAUCAGAAGAACAGCCAAUGGAAAGCCUGGGAGGAGAGAGAGCUCUGAAGUGUCGUCCAAUGUGCGGUUAGAAUCGAAGAAUUCUACAAACCUGGAUGAAAGGUUUAAACAUAUCAUCCCUAAAUUGGACCCACCUCCCCCAUCCUUCAACCGUAAGCGAGCCAGCAGAACUCUCUCUCCGUGGUUGGAGUUCAACCCGCUGACCACCCCCCUGACCACGCCCGUGGAUGGGAGCGGCGGCGUUCCCAGCGGCAUUCCCAGCCGGAGCGAGAGCCUGUCGUUCCCGGAAAUCACUCCCUGCUCCCACUCUUCUGGACUCUCCGGAGACUUCCACUCACUCAGCAACGGAGGAGGCGAGAGCGGUUCCUGCGACUCGGCUAGUGAGGAUUCCGGCAUCCGUUCCGAGACUAAAUCACAGCUCUCGCCCCUCCACGACAAACAGGACCUGUUUGGGGACAGGGGGAAGUUCCUGGCGGCUUCUAGCGGCUGUGGCAGCCCCCUAGAAGACAUGAGGGGGGAAACGGCGCCCCCAUCGCUUGUCACCGCCACCCCUGGCACGCACACGGACAGCUGCGAGCACACACUCCCCUUCCCGUCCCCCAUCAAUGACACAUGUCUGCACAUCAGCUUCUCGGAGGAUGAGUUGCUGGACAGCAGCCCCGAAGACUCCAGUGUCCCACAGAGGAGCUAGGAAGAUGGGCAU